AUGGUUUAUGCCCACAAGACCGCCGUGAUUCAUAGUAACCGCACAUUAGUUCACGAGACACUUACUGAUCGCAUUUUGCAUCUUGUCAAUGUAUUUAUCCAAGAUUGUAACUUAAAACCAGAUGAUAGUGUUGCACUUCUGUGUGAGAGUACACUUGCCUCUCCAAAAACGCAUUUUGCAGCGCCUGCAACAGGUGCUAUUCUUGUGCCAAUGAAUAUACAGUUGUUGGGCUCAGAGAUCGAAUACAUUGUCAACCAUUCUGGUGUUUCCGACUUUGUGUCAAACGUUUCUUCCAAUGUGGUUAAAAAACUCAAGGGAUAUAUCCAAGUGGCAAACACCCAUGAAGUACGCGUGUUCGACAAAGAGACAUCCAAUGAUGUGACACCAAGUGGAGAGCUCAUUGGUGAAGUGUGUUUUUCUGGCAGCUGUAUCAUGCUAGGGUACUAUAACAAUCCACAGGAGACAGCAAAAGUACUCAAAGACGGCGUCUUUUGGAGUGGCGAUAUGGCAGGAAGAUAUCUAUAUGGCGCCAUCAAGAUUGUCGAUCGAUCCAAAGACCUGAUAAUAUCGAAGCGGUGA